AUGAACAACGACAUAGAGAAAGUUUUAAAACAAAAAGCUAUCAAGAGAGUUAAUACUUACCUCAGUAUUAUUGGCUUACAACUUAAAAAUAAUGAAUCUGAACAAAAUAUAAAACGCCUUGUUAACAGAUGGUUCUUUUGUAUAAAUUAUAUAAGUCUUUUCUAUGAUGUUUUGGGAGAAAUAUCUUGGAUAUUAAAAGGAUCGCUUUCUGGAGAUUUAGCUUUGAUUGACCUAACACUUUUGGGUCCUUGCCUCACCAUGUGUUUUCUGGGUUGUGUUAAAUCUUAUUACUUUUAUAAAGAAAUGCCUCACGCUUAUGACUUAAUUGAAGAACUUUGUCUCCUGUAUUCUGAUGAAACAAGAAUUGUUUCUGAGGAGAAAACAAAGUAUUUGCUAUCUCAUAUGAUUUUUCUUAAUAGAGCUCUAAAAUGUUUGAUAACUUUGGAUUCAAUAGGUAUCGUUGCUUUUAGUAUUGGACCUGUUAUAAUAUCAAUAUCUCAGUAUUAUACAACUGGUGAAUUAAAUCUUUUACUACCCUUUUUUAUUUUGUACCCAUUUGAUGCUUUUAAUAUUUAUGCGUGGCCUUUUGUGUAUAUCCAUCAAGUGUGGUCAGCUGUUCUUGCUGUGUUUACUGUACUGGGUCCUGAUAGCUUAUUAUACACAUCAUGUGUAGUAAUCAAUGAGCAUUUUUAUGAAUUGAAACAUAAAAUUAAACUUAUAUUUGAUCAGCAUGAUCCUGUAUUAGAUAUGCAAGAUAAUGGAUUGAAGAGAAAAAUUGUAAACGUAGUUGAAUUUCACAAGCAAUUGAUACGAUAUUUACAUUUGAUCGAGACAAUUUAUUCGAAGUCAACAUUAUGUAAUGUGUUAACUAGCUCUUUGCUCAUUUGUUUCACUGGUUUUAAUGUGAUGGCAGUUGAUAACCUCAUAAUGGUGAUGCCGUUUAUUCCUUUCUUACUAAUGGUGGUUGGGCAAAUAUUUUUAUUAUGCUACUAUGGAGAUUUAAUACAGAAAUCAAACGAAGGAUUAAGUGAUGCCGUGUAUAGUAGCGCUUGGUAUGAAAUUAGAUCACCACUCACCAAAAAUCUAAUAAUUAUAUUGAUUCGAGCUCAGAAGCCAUUUAAAUUCACAGCAUAUGGUUUCAUGGAUAUCAAUAUUGCUGCGUUUACAAGGAUAAUGAGCACAUCCUGGUCAUAUUUUGCUUUACUGUUAUCAUUUAAUAACAGCGAUUAA